UGCGGAUGCGUGCGACGGCGGGACGGUCUCGCGCCCCGCUGUCCCUGCCUGUUCCCCCGUCUUUCUCUCCAUCACCGAAACGGAAGAUUAACCACAAACACAACAAUGGGAGGAUUUAACGUGCACCAGCUCCAUUUUAUUUAAAUUCAAAGCGACGUGUUUGGGGCUUUAUUCCCCGCGAAAAUGGCGACGGGGGCAGGCUGGCAGCCUCCGUACAACAUCUCGACUAGCAGCACCAAAUAUACCCCCUCACCAACGUCCAGCAUGUUUUACGACGGGAGUUUGACGCUGGAAUACAGUCAAGACCUGCAUCUGAAGAUGAGCAAGAAGAUAGCACAACUCACCAAGGUAAUUUAUGCUCUCAACACCAAGAACGACGAACAUGAGGAAGAAAUUGAGUCUCUGAAGGACGCCCACGAGGACGAGGUCCAACACAUUGUGACAGAAACCAGAGACAAGAUCAUGCAGUACAAGAGUAAGAUGGCGGACGAGGCCGACCUGAGGCGGCGGCUGGCCAGUCUGGAAGAAUCUGUCGAACUCCAUGAACACAUGAAGAGACAGGCUUUAGCAGAGUUUGAGAUGUACAGACAGAGAAUGGAGGAUUCCCAGCUCUGCACCGAGGCCCAACACACACAGAGAGUGGUUUCUAUGAGCAGAGAGGUGGAGGAGAUGCGUCGGGAUUUUGAGGAGAAGCUGCGGGCGUUCAGCCAGGCUCAGGCCCAGUUUGAGGCGGAUAAACGGCGAGCGCUGGAGGAGCUGAGGGCCGCCCACCGCCAGGAGGUGGAGGAACUCCUCAACAACCAGCAGAACCAGAGCGCCACCUCCACCGAAGACCAGGAGAAACUGGCCGAGCUCCAUAGACAAGAGGUGGAUGCAUUAAUGGAGAGGGUGGAGGAGCUGACGAAGGAUAAGGUCCGUCUGGUGGAAGAAUACGAGGCCAAGCUGGGCAAGGCUCAGGAGUAUUAUGAGAGGGAGCUGGAGGCCAUGAGGAGAACACACCAGCUCACCACUGAGAACCUGCUGGCCUGGAAAAGGACUGAGGUUGAGCUUCGUAAGGAAUUCCAGGCUCAGGAAGCAGCGCUUCAGCGCUCGCUGUCCAAGCUGAGGAGUGAGGUUCAGAAAGCACAGGAGGAGGCCAGAGAGAACCGAGACAAGACCAACAGACUGCAGACAUCACUGGCCAAUGCAGAGGGAACUAUCAAGAAUCUACACAAGCAGCUGGAAGAAGCCAUCCAGGAUGGAGAGAUCUGGGUGAUGCAGCUGAAGGACACAGAGUAUGAACUAGAGGGCAGCAGGGAACGAGUUCAACAGCAGGCAACUGAAAUCCUCCAUAAAGCCAGUCAGAUUGGCUCCCUGCAGGCCACCCAGAUGGCCCACGAGGCGACCAUUAGGAACCUGGACCAGGAGCAGAGCCGUCUAAAGGAGAAGAUCAGCAGGCUGGAGGAAGAGAGGGAGGCUCUGCUCAACCAGAGCCAGGCCGCCAGUGAACAGCACAGACAACAUGUGCUCAAGCUAGAACAGUCUCUGCGUGAGGAGCACCAGGGCUACGAGAAGGAGCUCUCGAGGCUGAGGGCCCACUAUGAGGAGGAGGCUCUUCGCUUCAGGGAGGCGCAGGUCAGAGCGCUGGAGGAAAUGGAGGAGAAACAUAAGGCCAUGAGGGAGGAGGCGCAGCAGGAGAAAGAGGAGGAGAAAAAGCUCCUCAUGACGAAAAUGAGUCAAGAGUUUGAGAUUAAGCGCCUGUCAUUGGAGGAGCAGCGAGAUCGCCUUCAGCAGCAACUUGACAACUUGAAAGAGGAGCUUUCAGCCAAGCUCAAUAUGGCCAAUCAGGAAGUGUCCCACCUCCAGGAGCUGGUGAGGGAGGGGGAGCAGAACCUGGGUUCAGCUCAGACACAGAUCAACUGUCUGAAGGAAACUCAGGAGAAACUCAAAAUAGAACUGGACGCAACUAGAUCCCGCGUUCGAGAGACCAGCAACCUGCUGACUGACCUACAGGAGGAGAUUGAGACCCAGAGACAGCAGCAUGAAGCCAGAGUGAUGUCCAUCAGAACAGAAGAGAAACAAAAGAUGGACAAGAUGGCAGAUGACUUGGAUCAGAAAUGGAGAGAUGCACUGCGGGAAGAAGUGCGUUUGUUGAAGGAGGAGUUGAAUGAGGAGUAUGAAGCAGACAAACAGGCAACGCUGACUCAGAUGUCCCAGCAGAAAGAGCUGGAGAUCAUGGCGGCAAGAGAGGGCUGGCAGAGGAAGGUGGAAGACCUGCUGGAACAGAUCUCUCUCUUGAAACAAUCUCUGGAGCUGCAGUUGUCUCAGUCCCAGUCAGCUCUCCAGCAGCUGCAGUCUCAGUUCAACCAGGAGAGGGAGCUGCUGAGCCAACAGCUAAAAGAGAUGCAGAGGGAACAUCAGAGGAGAGAGCAUCGAUUACAGGAGGCCCACUGCUGUGCCCUGGGCACCAUGGAGGAGGCCAGACAGCACCAGAUAAGGGCCCUGGAGGAGCGUCUGAAGCAGGAGCAGAGGGAGGAGGUUCAUGCUCUGAAGGAGGCCCACAGGAGGACCUUAGACAUCCUGAGACAGCAGUCAGACCAGGAGCUGCAGACGCUGCGAUUUGAGCUGGAGGACGAGGGGAAAGCAAAGCUGGCGUCUCUUCGUGCAGAACUGAACCACCUCCAUGCAACAGCAAUAGAGCAUCUGAAGCAGAUCCACCUUAAAGACAACACUGCCAUCAAACGAGAGCUAGAGAAGGCCAUGGAGCACAGCCACCAGCAGGAACAAGAGCUCCUGGUUCGUAUCUCAGACCUGCAAGCAGAGCUGUGUUCCCGGAGCAACCGCAUCACCGAUCUGGACCAUGAGAUCCACUCUCUGAACGAGACCAUCGACACUCUGACCAGAGAGCUGGAGCUGAAGGGCAAGGAAGUGCUGCGGGUCCGCAGCGAAGCUAACCAUCAGAUAAGGGCCCAUGAACAAGACCUUUCAAAGAGACAUGAGAGGGACCUGGGGGAGCUAAGUGUAGUCCAUCACAGAGAAACACAAAUCAUGCUGGCUGACUUCAACAAGGCCCAGGAGGUCCUCAAAGACAAGAUCUCUGCUCUACAAAUACUGCUGGAGGGGACGGAGGAGAAGUUAAGAAACCGAGAAAGCCGACCAGAAGACCUGCAUGUUAUAGCAGAGCUCAGAGAAAUGGUCACGGAAAGAGAAGCUCUGGUCAAAAAGCUGGUGGACGACAAGAAGUUCUACCAGUUGGAGUUGGUCAACAGAGAGACAGGGUUCAACAAGGUCUUCAAUUCCAGUGCCAAUGUUGGUGUAAUCAACCCUCUUAUCAAGUUAAAAACAGGCAGCCAAUCAGAUCAACGCUUCACCAGCUUUCCUAGCCAGUCAGCUCUCCGAUUCGACAGCCCUCCCACCAUCAGUCAUGAAGAGGAGGGACAGGAGGCGGAGGAGGUAGGACCAGGAGGCCGCUUUGUGCCCCCUCACUCCCCCCUCCAGAGGUCCCUCCCCAGACGUAGGAAAGCCCUGCCACUGUUCAGCCCUCUUCGUCUUUCUCCUCUUCCUCAGCAUCCUCCUCCUCCUCCUCCUUCUCCUCAUCCUCCACAUCAUCCCAUCAUUCCAAGCCUUGCUCUUCCUCAUGCUCCUCAUCCUCAGGAAGCCCUGGUGCAGCAUCAGGGCCAACAAAGCGUUAGGAGCCUUCCUGAGGCCAGCGCCACAACGCCAUCAGACCUGAGAGGAAUGGAGGCAGGAAAAAGCAAAGAAUUCGUUCCAAAAGAAGAGGAGCUGUACGCCCAGUACUUCUCUUUCUGACCGGCAAAAAUAUAAAUCCCCAUUCUGUCAAAAAAUUAAGUUAUGGGACAGAGAGCUAAAGUUAGUCAGCGAUCAAACUGCAGGCUUUGAAAGUCAUUUGGGCGACAUUAAUAUCUAACUGCUUAUCACAGCACUCCCAUCAGUCAUGCGCAGUACUGAGAUUCCAGUGUGAUUGCAACCUUAGGGCUUCCAUACAUGGUGAGCACAAUGAGCAGUGUGGCUUGUCGGUGCAUCAUCAUGAACGUGUGCAUGGUAGCAGGAGGUGAGGCCAUAUACAAACAGUAGUUGUCUUCCGUCUCCUUAUUUAUAACGUGCAAUUGUGCAAAACAUGACAAUUGUAUGAGCUGUAAAGCUGCUAAAGUGAACUUCAUUACCUGUGAAUUUUAAUUUUGUAAGUAAGACCCAAAAGUAGAAGUAUAAAUGUAGAAUAGAGGAGGUAUUGGAAGAAUGGGAUAAGAUUGCAUUUUAAUGAAGACGAAGAAAUCUGAUGUCCACCUACAGUAAUUGCUUGACACAGAGGAGAAAUAUUAGUUUUAUGCUUGUGGGGACAAAUCAAAUUGUAGUUCACUGAUAAAAAGUUUUAUUAAGCUUUAUUUUGUAACGUCAUCAAAUUUAAGAUUAGGGCUGUAUUAAUGGUCUUCAGAAGAGAUGGCAGAAAUAUUUUACUUUUGUUUAUACUUUCCAAUCAGCAUAAAUAGCAUUGCACUCACCAAGUUAACUGCUGAGAUAUGGGAACAUGGUGACAAUGCUGAAAAAGAAGUUUGUUGGGUCAGGAAACACAGUCAGACGAACAGUAAAAUGUGCUCUCCUUGCUUCAGCCUUGACCCUACUGGCCUGACCGAAGCAAUGCAACCACAGUUUUCCAAAAAUAGGGAGAGAUUAUUGAAGUGAAUUAAUUAAAUGAAUUUUAAGUAUAAUCAAUCAAUAACAAUUUGAAGGUCUAUUUUUCAACCUAACAUUUCAGACCAUAUGAGAGGCAGUAUAGCUCCUACUGACGUUUCAGUUGUACGUAAAACUGUCUGGCCAUGUUCCCAGAUCUCAGCAAUUGCUUUGGUGAAUAAAAGGUUUAACUGAUAGAAAUGAUGGCCAAAACGUCCAAAAUAACACCCAAGUUGUAAUCAGUCUGAAUGAUCCUUAGUAGCCACUGUCAGUAAAUACAUUCUCAAACCUCCAUGAAGUAAUUUGCAAUGAGUAUACAGUGUGACACUAGUAACACACCGUAGAUAUAAGAGGAUAUGGUUUUUUUUUGUACAUCAACGUGUCUUACAAGCUGUGCUUUGAAAGUUCAGCCAGGACAAAGUGAUUCUUGCCUUGAUGCUCGUCUUUAGUCUUUCAUGCUGUGGCCCCAUCUGCCGUGUAAAUACAAACAUGUAUGUGAGGGAAAAGGACAGAGCUAGUUGCUGAUUCUGGUUGUUUUUUUGGCCUCUACAGUGCGACUAACUGCAGUAUACCACAAUAACGACACCAGCAAAAAAAGAAAAUAGCCUAACUUUAGCUUGCUGUCCCAGUGCUUUGACUGUGUACAUAUAGUAUAUGUUUGAAAGUCAUUUUCAGAUCUCUGAGCUAGCUGAGGGGUGCUUGAUUUACCAAUCAUGACAACCCAGUCUCAGGAGGGGAAACAUCAAGAGAAAUUAAAUCAAGCUCCCCUCAUAUUUUUAUUAUUCCAGUAUUUAUAAUGUAACAAGCUACUGUUUUUCUACGGUCUGUUUGUGAUGCCAGGGGACGAGAGACAAAAAGGGAAAGAGUUCAGUCACCCAAAUGUAGAAUUUGAUUGACUCCCAGGAACUUUUUUAAUGCCAAGGAGUGUUUCGUCAAACACUUAAUUUCAUUACAAGCUAGGAGUUUGUGUCGGUGACAGAACUCUUUUGCUUCAUGUCUCUGCUUGUGGACCAGGCCAUAGAGCAUGUGAAAACAGAAACACUAUCAUAAUGCUGCUGUCACUCACUUGACAUUCUCAUAUCUCCGGUUUUUGGUGUACUGUCUUUUUUUAACUUGACUUCAAAGUUUACAUAGUUCUUGUGCUGCGUAAUGUUCAUGACCUGAAGGUCUAUGAAGUCCAUAAAGUAACCUGUACAGUUUCCAAACUGCAUGGCCGUCAUCAGCCUGAAAGAGACUCUCAAACUGACACCCCCGGAGUCAAUUCAACAGCAACACAAACAUACUCCAUUACUUUACAGCGUCAAUCGAUGCUCGUCUUCCAUAACAGAAUCAACCGAGGCCUUGAUGGUUCAGGAAGUGUUUGUAUUGUAUUGGUUGAAUUCGUGGAUCAUACAAUAUAUUAGACGCACCAUAAAAAUGCAAUCCAAUACAAUCGAAAGAAGCAAAGCAUUGAAUCACUUCCUCUCUGAUAAAGUCUCAACAAAUAUUAACCCCUUUGUUGCUGGACUCUUGUAUUGGAUUGCAUUAGACUGUUAUGUCUUAUGUGUUUUUUUUUUCAUCCAGUCCCUGUAGAUAUUUCCCAGAAGCACCUUUUACAUGGUAUAAUAGUAAAAAUACCUACUAAAUAUGUACAAAAAAUACAUAAAUGAAUUCAUUUAUUUUUUUACAUUUAGGUCCAAAAUCAACCUAACUUUUGCAUUCUUGUUUUUAGAGGAACAGUGCCACAUUUUGGAAAUUAAUGUGUCUUUGCUCUCUAACCCAGAGCCACAUGAGAAGAUUGAUAUUAUUUUCAUUACAGAGUAACCGCAACAACGAUCUUCAGCACACUCUAUUUAGGUUCAUACAAGCUUUCAGUCAUAGACCUUUUUGAACUGAAUGAGAGAACACUACUAAAUAUAGAUAUACUGUACAUAUGUAUCCCUCACACAAGAUCAUACUUAAGGGUAUUAUAGUCUUAUAGCAUGUAUUGAAAAACAAAAAUGGAGGAUAGGAGAUGUAUGAGACAAAGGCUUAUUCACUUUCUUGCUUCUGAGAGUUAGACGAGAUGGUCGAUUCCUCUCAUGUCUGCAUGGUAAAGACUGGAGCUAGUAGACAGUUAGCUUACCAUAGCAUAAAUACUGAAUGCUGAAACGGCUAACCUGGCCCUGUCUAAUGUUAACAAAAGCCACCUAUAAGCACAGGGUGCUAUUUCUUGGCCUCACAUGGUCUCUGCUGGCUGCCUGACAGUUUGUGCUAAGCUAAGUUGACCAUCUUUUGGUUUUAGCUUCAUCAUUAACAUACAGACAUUAGAGUGGUAUUGAGCUUCUCCUCUAACUCUCCACAAGAAAGCAAGUAUGUUGUUUUUCACACUCUGUUUUUGGACUGUAUAUAUUAUUAUAAUGUUUCCGUUUUUGCUUCAUAUCACUUAUCUUCUAUAUAAGAUGACUACAGUACCCUUGAAUAUGAUCAUGUGUCAAGGAUACACUUUUGGCAUGAAGGUUAAUUACUAUAUGUACACUUCAGUGCUCUUACUUUCUGUUUACCUUGUGUGCUUGUAGAAAGUCUCUGACCGAAAGCUUGUCUGUAAUUACAGUGUGCACAUCCUAGUGUGUGGAAACUAAUAUUAAUCUUCUCAUCUGGCUGCGGAUAAGAUGACAAUCCAGCAUAUUUCUCAAAAUGAACUAAACCUGUUUUGUCAAAAUGAAAAACACUUCCUGAAACCAGGUUGAGAAAGGACCUCUAGCAGACAUGUCUGUAUUUGUGUCAUAUGGGAGAGACAGUAAAAAUUUGCCAUCACAUAAAGAAUUUGAAAGUAAAUAUCUUUGUAGACUUCUUGUUGAUUGCCUGAAGUCUGAAACAGCUGCGGUCACGUUCACAGACGUCUAUCUAUAAAACACAGUUUGUAAAAGGAUACAGCAAAAUUGUCACGACAUUCUAAUGUCCAGCUGUCCCCUUAUGACACGAAUGCAGCAUAAUUGACAUUGGAGCUUUAGUUAUAUGCUGCAUGUCAUCAACGCUGAUAUAUGAAGAAUAUUAAAUUGUUUAUUUGUAUAUAUUGACAUGUAAUGUGACAAACCCCAGCAAAGACAAUGGACCAAUAAAUACAGUUCUCUCUGGGAUCGCAGCCCCGACACUGAACCACAGUUGGUUCGUUCCUCCAUGCGCACUGUGAAGAUUAUAUUUAUUCAAUGACUAUGUUAAAUGUUGACAUUCAAGCUUAGACUUCUCAGACGAGGCAGAAGUCUUGUUUCUUUUUAUUUUUUUUUCUUAAUAACACAUUUUCUCACAAUCACAUCCAAUUUUACUGCCAUUCCUUUUAUUCCCCUUCUGAUGAUUUCACCUAUUUGUCUUCUAAAAACAAGUCUACAUGAUAUUGAGGAGCUCUUACCGUCAUAUUGCAUGAGCUUCAUCAGCAGAUUGAGUUUGAUGAUUUGAUAACACACGUCCGGGCAAACUCCAUCUCCUGGCAAAGAUUAGAAAGCUCCAGCUACUAAAUGGAUGCAGUGUUGAGAUUGUUUAUUACGUUUUCUAGUUUGAAAUGGCAAAAAUUAAGAAUAAUUUAUCUGUUUUUUCGUUAUGCUUUUACAUGCUCAGAUUGCAUUGGUUGAUAUGAUUUAAUACAUGUUUUUUAUCUGUGCCACACCGGACUGGACUGUUUUAAAGGAGAAUACCACUCCGUUAAAAGGUUUCUUGGAGCCUGCCUCUUGUGGUCAUAUCAACUAUUGUUUCUCAACAACUGACAGAGGAAACAUCUGGCAUCAGCAGGUCAUCCGUGAACCAUAGAAACUGCAGCUUAUUAAAACAUUUAUUGUCUGUUAAGUUUUUUUUCAAUAUGAUACGAUAUGCUGAUCAGGGCUUGGUUCAUUUCACUUUCAACUCAGUUUUUUCCAAACUUUAAAAAAUUUUGAAAAACUUUAAGAAAAGAUUGCGGCAUCUAAACAUUUUAAGAAAUAAAGUGAAAUUGUAAAUGUUUUGCAGUUUAUAUUUUGAGUUGAAAGUGAUUUGAUGUCACCCUUGUGACUUAUCAUUUAAUGAUGUCUGUCUUGCCAUUUUGAAGUAAAAUAUAUAACAAUUACAGCAACAACAAUAUUUAUUUAUAUUUAUAUCUUAUUUCUGUUGUAUGUCAUGGAACAGUAAAAUUAUGAUUGUGAGAUAAA